AAAAAUUACACGGGCCCAUAAAAACAGAAAAGAAUAUAAAGAAUUCCGUAUAGCGUGAAAUUUUCUUCCUUUUUUUGCCCCCGAGUUCCAAAGAGUUGACUCAUUUGCAAUCGAGCCAGAAAUGAAUUAUUGGGCUGGGCCAGAAGGUUAGGGUCCGAGUACGAAAUUGUGAUGCGACAAAAGAGCAAAUCCCAAAUCUCAGGCGCUCUCUAUUGGGAGGAGGACUUAUUGUCCAAGCAAACGCAACCCACUUGCAAUGCCAGGCGGGAACUCCAUCACCGGCGGCAAAGUCGGCGUCAGAGUAGUAGUAGCAGGCGACCGUUUCACCGGAAAAUCAAGCUUGAUAGCGGCGGCCGCCACCGAGACUUACCCUGAGAAUGUCCCUCGUGUGCUUCCUCCUACUCGCCUCCCCGCCGAUUUCUUCCCCGAUCGCAUCCCUAUCACUAUCAUCGACACUUCUGCUGCAUUGGAGAGUAGAGGAAAGCUUAUCGAAGAAUUGAAGAGAGCUGACGUGGUAGUGUUAACUUACUCAUGUGAUCAACCUUUGACACUUAGUCGUUUGAGUAGUUUUUGGCUCGAGGAACUUCGCAGAUUAGAGGUAAAGGUACCUGUAAUUGUGGUUGGCUGCAAGCUAGAUUUGAGAGAUGAGGCUUAUCCUGUUAGCUUGGAGCAGGUCAUGGGACCCAUCAUGCAGCAACAUAGAGAAAUUGAGACUUGUAUUGAAUGUUCUGCAGUUACCCUUAUGCAGGUUCCAGACGUUUUCUUUUAUGCCCAAAAGGCUGUACUUCAUCCAACAGCUCCAUUGUUUGACCAAGAACAUCAUACUUUGAAACCUAGAUGUGAGAGAGCUUUGAGAAGGAUAUUUCUUCUUUGUGACCAUGACAUGGAUGGCGCACUCAACGAUUUAGAGUUGAAUAACUUUCAGGUUAAGUGUUUUAACGCUCCACUGCAGCCUGCUGAAAUAGUGGGUGUGCGAAGAGUGGUACAAGAAAAGAAGAGAGAUGGUGUUAAUGACAUUGGUCUUACUCUUGAAGGAUUUCUUUUUCUCCAUUCUCUUUUCAUUGAUAGGGGGCGAAUUGAGACUACUUGGACUGUUUUGAGAAAAUUUGGUUAUGAUGAUGAGUUAAAACUCAGAGAUGAUCUUCUUCCUGUACCUUAUAAGCAUGCUCCUGAUCAGAGUAUAGAGCUGACUAUUGAAGUGGUAGAAUUUCUUCGUGGGAUCUUUCGAUUGUUUGACAUUGAUAAUCAUGGAGCCCUACGACCUACUGAGCUUGAUGAGCUAUUCUCAACUGCUCCAGAAAAUCCUUGGUGUGAAGCUCCUUACAAGGAUGCUGCAGAGAGAACAAUGCAAAGAAGUUUAACUCUUAAGGGCUUCCUAUCCGGGUGGGACCUUAUGACGCUGCUGAAUCCAAAGAGUAGUUUGGCUAAUUUGAUAUAUGUUGGUUAUAGUGGAAAUCCUGCUUCAGCACUCCGUGUUACUCGAAGAAGAACAGUAGAUCGAAAGAAGCAACAAACAGAAAGAAAUGUCUUUCAUUGCUUGGUUUUUGGUCCUAAAAAUGCUGGAAAGUCUGCUCUCUUGAACUCAUUUUUGGGAAGGCCGUUCUCAGAAAGUUUCCAUUUGCCAAUAGGUGAGCAUUUUGCAGCAAAUGUUGUUGACCAGCUUGGGGGGAUUAAGAAGACUCUUAUUCUGCGAGAGGUGCCAGAAGAUGGAGUGAAGAAAUAUUUGUCAAAUAAAGAAUCUUUGGCAGCCUGUGAUGUUGCUGUAUUUGUCUAUGAUUGUUCAGAUGAAUAUUCAUGGAAAAGGUCUUGUGAACUGCUUGUGGAAAUAGUUAGACAAGGUGAAGAAAGUGGCUAUGGAAUGCCUUGCCUUCUUAUCGCAGCCAAGGAUGACUUGGAUCCAUAUCCAAUGGCAGUACAAGAUUCAGUAGCGGUUUGUCAGGAGUUGGGUAUAGAGGCCCCUAUUCCCGUCAGCACUAAAUUAGGAGAAAUGAACAAUGUGUUCUGUAGAAUUUUAAGUGCAGCCGUACGUCCUCAUUUAAAUAUUCCAGAAACUGAAUCUGGUAGGAGACGGAAAGUAUUUCGCCAGCUUGUCAAUCACUCCCUUAUUUUUAUGUCAGUUGGUGCUGGUUUGGCUGUUGUCGGUCUUGCAGCUUUUCGUGCCUACUCAGCAAGGAAGAAUUCUUCCAAUUAAAAAUUUAAGCUGUCAAUCAACUGCUGCCAUUUUGGUAAUUCAGUAGAAGGUUUUUCCAGUUUUGCACACUACAACUCAAGAUUUUUUUGUAUAUAUAUAUAUAAUGUUCAUGUCCCUUGGAAUUCACAUUUCCAUUCUUUUUCCUCCUUUAAAUUUAAAGGUAGGCCAACCACAUGUUGCACUGUUGUGUGUAAUGCCCCUAUCACAGCACUGUCAUGCGCUGAUUGAAAGAUCACUCGCAUCAUUUUGAUGAAUGUUUUCACUUGGCAAUUCUGUAGCUGAUAGUUCUGCUAUCACAAAGCUUAAUCUAAACAUGUUUACAAGUCUUACUUUCA